AUUGAUCGAGUCUAUCGUAGCCUACUCCACGAACACAUGUCUAAACCGGAAGUGAGCGAGAGGGGAUCGUAAGAAAGAUGGUGGCGACCAGAAGAGGAGGACGCGCGUGCUCCCCUACAAAAUCCGACUUCGAUGAAUCCGCCGAUGUCUCUGCUACCCCAUCCAGCUGUAGAAGGACCGGCAGGAGGACGGCCAACAGGGAGCAGACUGCCUCUCAGCUGCCCGUGGCCCCGGUGGGGGCUGACGGGGAAGAAGGGGUCCCUGCCACGCCCCUCCAGGACCAGAGAACCAGGGCGUCCAGGCUUCAGUCCCACCGGCUGGACUCCACACACGAGGCAGACGUGUCAGACUCGGAGUCCUGCUGCUCCGCAGCAUCGGACGUGGAUCACCCGAUCCUGCGCAGGGGGCGGAGGAAGACACCGGGACGCUCGUCCAAUCCGUGCGUGGAUCUCUCAGAUGUAGACUCCUGUUCGUCGGCGUCCAGGGUUGGGCCGCUCGCACGCCGUGGCACCAAGAGGGCGGCGGGCUCCGGCCAAUCAGACUCGAUCCCGGUGGAGUCUGAGGAGGAGGGGAAGGACUCGUGCGGCUCUGCGGUCUCAGACACCCAGAGAGUGACCCGGAGCCUGAGGAGAAGCACCAUCGCUCGCUCCCUCGCUACCCGCCGUGCCGAGGACGCGGGGGACGUGUCAGAUGGAGACAGCUGUGCCUCCAGCCUCUCUGCCGCCCCGUCCUCGAGCAGACGCCCUGCCCGGGGCAGGACCGGACGCCCCGCCCAGCCCAUCCCCAUGCACCUGGAGGAGGCCUCGGACCUCCCCCGCUCCCCUACCCCCAGCCGGAGGACCAGGACUCCAGUGGCGGACCCGGGGGCGUGGGACUCGGAGGGCUUCGAAUCCGGCCCCAGUGUGACGCCGAGGAGGUCCACCCGGAAACGCACCGCGCACCGAUACGCCUGCUCUGGGACGACAGACUCCGACGAUUCGUUGAACGUCUCCCCGUCUGUCAGCACCAGCAGGGGGAGGGGCAUCCCCUGUAGCAGCAGCAGCAGCAAGGCUGUCUCCGUCACCAGGCUGUCCGUGGUGGUGGAGAGGACCAUAGUCUCUGUCACGGAGGAGAGGAGGAGGGGGCUGGAGGAGGGGGCCUGCCACCUGGGGAAGCUGAGCGUGUCUCGGGGGGCGGAGGAGGAGAGCGUGCUGGAAGACUCAAAGCUGGACGCCACGAUCGGCCCUGAGGAUGUGACCCUAACUCUGGAGGAGGAGGAGGAGGUGGUCAUUGAUCUCAUUGACCAGGAGGAAACAGAUGCCCCCCAAGGUUUCUGCCUAGCAGAGGAGAGCCAGAGAGGGAGUGUGAUCAUUUCAGGGGAGGCGCAUGUGGAAGAGUCAGAGGCUGCUAGUGAACCGCUUCCAUCGCAGGCAGACACACAGGCAGUGUGUGGACCUGCAGUGGGGGCGGCUGACCAGCAGAGGGGGCAGUCACACUCGGCUGCGUCAACAGAGGAAGAUGUGGGGGCGAUGAUACAGGAAACAGAAGCUGGACCUGAACCAGAGCUCCGUCCCGGAGACACAGCGGGAGUGACUGUGUGCUACGUCCCAGUGACAGAAGGAGAGGAGGGGUGUGAAGAGGAGGCCAUGGAUGUUGCUGCAUCAUCACGUGGCCACAGCCCGGAGCUGCAUGUAGAUGUCUGCCAUCUUGUUCUGAGUGAGGAAGAAGGGGAUCUGGAAAAGGUGUUGGUGGAGGGGAAGGCCCAGCGGGGGGAGGUGGUGGUGGUGGUGGAGGAGGAGGAGGAGGAGGAGGAGGAGAAGGCAGUUGCAGAAGAGGAGAAGCAGAAAGAGGUGGUGGUGUUAGAGGAAGAGGUGUUGGAGGAGAAGCAGCAGGAGAAGGAGGUGAUGUUGGAGGAGGAGGAGGUCAUGGUUGAAGAAAAGAAGCAAGAAGAGGUGGUGGUGAUAGACCAGGAAGAGGAGGAUGUUGUGGUGUUGGAGGAGCAGCAGCAGGAGGACGUGGUGGUUGAGAGGAAGGAGGCACAGGUGGCAGUGUUGAAGGAGCAGGAGGAGGUGGCUGAAGAGGAGAACCAGGAGGAGGUGAAUGUGGUGAUUGAGAAGAAGGUGGACAGUGUGUUGGUGGUGAUGGAGGAGAUGGAGGUGUCUGUUUCAGCACCUGAGGCUCUCGAGGCGGGUUCGGAAGCCGCUAUCCUGCCCCCUCAGCCCCUCCUACCCCCCCAGCCCCUCCUCCCUGACUCCAUCCAGGUGAACUCCAGCCAGCAGCUCAAAGUUGUCGUGUCAGAGGUCACAGAGCAGCCCCACGACUCCAUCAUCGUCCAGAAGGUGAAGGUGGUCAGCCUUCUGGACAGCAGCGAGGACGAGGAAGAGGAAGAGUCAGGGCAUGAGGAGGAAGAGGAGGAUAAUGAAGACCUUGCCGGACCCUCGCAGAGUGUGCCUGUCUCUGACGGUCUGUUUGUGAUUGACACACGGCCGGGCCAACGGGAUGGACGGUUUUACCAAGAGACCCAGGAAGAGGCGGCGACGGCUGCAGAGGAUGAGGAAGAGUUUGUGGAUGAAGAUGGUGACGAUGAGGAGGAUGACGAUGACAGAGCGCUCUUCACCAUCAAGAGCCAGAACACGAUGGAGCUGUCUAGCCGUAUCGACACAGGCCUCAGAGCCCGGCAGCUGGGAGGUUUGUACGUCUGUUUCGAUGGCGGCAAACCAAAGAGCGCGUCCAGCAACAACCCCCAGAAGAAGAAGCAGAAGAGCAACGACCAGGUGAUGAAGAAGAGUGUGAUUGGUCCAGAGUUUGAGAAGCAGGACGCGGUUCCUCCGUACAGCGAGUCCAAGCAGGCCUCGAAGCUGAAGCGCAAGGCGGAAAGGGAGAAGACCACAGGAGACGGCUGGUUCAACAUGAGGGCUCCUGAGAUGACCACGGAGCUGAAGGGAGACCUCAAAGCCCUGAAGAUGCGAGCAGCCAUGGACCCCAAGAGAUUCUACAAGAAGAACGACCGUGACGGAUUCCCCAAGUAUUUCCAGAUGGGCACGGUGGCGGACAGUCCUGUGGAUUUCUAUCACUCCCGGAUCCCCAAGAAGGACAGGAAGAGGACCAUGGUGGAGGAGCUGCUGGCUGAUGCAGAGUUCAGACACACUAACAAGAAGAAGUAUCAACAGAUCAUGACAGAGAAGGCUGCUGUGGGGGCUGGCAGAAAAAGGAACAGAUUUUUGAAAAAGAAAAAGAAAUGACCCUAUAAACAGUGUGGUGUAAUAAAGAUAAAGAUAUUA